CUGCCCAUUGCUCGCCAGGUCCUCAACGAUGAGAUGUGUGAGAUCUGUGAGGUGUGGACGGCUGAGAGCCUCUUCCCCUGCCACGUCUGCAGUCGGGUGUACCACGAUGGUUGCCUGUGCCGCAUGGGCUACCUGCAGAACAACAGUGCCACGGAGAUGAUGGAAAGGGUACACACCAAGACAGGCUGGAGCUGUUACUACUGUGACAACCUCAGUCUCCUGCUGACAGAGGAAGAAAUGUACAGCCUGAUGGAGACCCUGCGGCAGUGCAAGAUCAUUCCAGAGUCCUGCCUGACUCUGGACAACUUCCUGCACUAUAAGCAACUGGUGCACAAGCAGCAGUUCAAGCAGCCCAUGGCCAAGGCCCAGGAGGAGCAGGCAGCCCUGCAGUUCUCCGUCCUGGACACCGACAAGAAGGGGCACUUCAAGUGGCACGACUUCCUUGCCCACAAAUCCAUCCAGCUGCUGCAG